AUGGACCCCCUCGUUUCUCCCGCCAAAGCACGACAAGCCGCCAUCCAGGCUAAAGAUUGGGCCUAUGUGAACUCCUGGCUAAGCCGCCAAUACGCACCGAAACCCGUUCCCUCAUUUGAACGAAACGAAGAUACCCUACGAACUCUACUCGCAUUAGCCGCAGCCAACGAUGUGGCCGACGAGGAAGCCACCCUAAUCCAUCGCGCACGGGAAGAGGCAGUACAAGGAUUCAAAGUGCGAGAAGAGGCGGAAGACAAGCAUAAAUCAGAACUACUUGACGAGGUUGAAAUGUGCCUGGAUGAUAAAGGGAGGCAAAAUCUGGACGAUCUGGCAGAGACAACCGUCGUGUUGGGGGCAUUGAGCACGGAGACCACCGAUCUCGGACAGUCAGUUAUCGAGCUUACGAAGGAGGAAUUCGAUACUCGCGAGCAAAUCUCGAAGGUGGGUGCUUUACAGAAAUAUUUGGAAAAGGAACUUGUUGCGCUGCAAGAGCAGCUGGAGACGCUCAACUCUGAUGAAACCCACGAUACGUCCUCGGAAUUGCCAGCGUUGACGGCAGAAUGGACCAAGAAUACGAAGCUACUCACAGCGAAAGUGGGAGAAUAUCGGGACAAAAUCGCGUCACUUGAGAGGAAUAAGCAUAAAGGGGUUACAAUCGAGGGGUUGAUUGCUGAAGAGAGGGAUGUGCUUCAAAUCAAGGAAACGGUCGAGACCUUGGAAAACCGGGUCCGGAUGUUCCUUGAUUUGUCCGGGGAUAUACCAAGUGCUCGAGCCCAGUAUCGACAAAUAGAACACGAACUGGAACAACUCAUCCAACAACGGGAUUCAAUGCUCGAGCAAAGAGAAUAA